AUGGUGAAGGUUUUGAUCUGCGGAGAUAUCGAAGGAAAUAUCAAAGACGUUUCAAACAGAGUGAACAAAUAUGCCACAAGUAAGGUGGGUCCGUUUGAUGUUCUCUUCUGCGUUGGAAAGUUUUUGGAUGAGAAUAAUCAGAUCCAAAUAGAUUCCUCCAUUUCAUUUUCGCUUCCAACAUAUGUUGUUUUAAAAGAUGAUGUUAUUUCCGACGAGUUGCGAGACCAAUUAAGUAAAGUAAAGAAUUUGACACUGGUGACCGAUGUCAGCUUUCAAACUAUCAAUGACCUUCGUGUCUUGUUCAUCCCUGGUAUCUAUGACGAAAAGGAGUACACAAACAACAAUUCCUCCUCUUCAUCCGUUUAUUACCACAAAUCUCAAAUUGAACAGGCGAUCGCUGCCAGUGGUGAAGCCAACGUGGAUUUUGUUUUCUCAGCAGAAUGGGCUUUGGGAAUGCUUCGUAAUCUCGACAAUUCUCGCUUCCCCUCCAUUCCAGACUGCCAUUCUGUAGGAUCGCCCAUCAUUAGCCGAGUGCUUGCCUCUGUGCGUCCUCGCUAUCACUUUGCGGGCUCAAUGAACACUUUCUACGAGCGUGUUCCCUAUCGCAACAUCGAUGGCACCAUUACGCGGAUUGUGUGUCUGGGCCCCGUCCGCGCUGGCUCCGAUAAAAGCCGCAAAUGGCUGCAUGCUCUGAACGUCGUGCCGGCCUCACAGAUGUCCGCGGAGGAGCGAAAACAAUGCGAUUCCUUCGCGACCAAAUCGCCGUUCGACUCCUUCAAACGCGCGCAGGGAGCCGCGGAUUCGGCUCCAGACAAGCGAGUCAACGCGGGCGAGUCUGCUGGAGCGGCCGAAAGCGCGGUCCGAAGCUCGUGUUGGUUCUGCCUCGCAGCGCCUAAUGUAGAAAAGCAUCUCAUUGUGACAGUGGGGGAAAACGCGUAUUUGGCGUGCCCGAAGGGACAGCUGACCGCAGGACACAUUUUGAUCAUCCCGGUGGUUCAUCGGCAGAGCACGCUGCAGCUGCCAAAAGAAGCCGUCGAAGAGAUGGAGAAAAUGUUCCGCGCCCAAGGGAAAAGUGUGCUUAUCUGGGAGAGAAACCUCACUACACGCAAUCCGCUGCACUGCCAUCUGCAAGUUGUGCCGAUCGAAACGACGAAGGAAAGCGUGGUCAAAAUCGUGCUGGACGCAGCGGCGACGCAGCGCGGAUUUCAUUUCCAAGAUAUUCCGGAAGGCCAAAAAUUGGAGGAUUGGGCAGGGAAAGAUGACUAUCUUUACGCAGAAGUGUGGGGAGAAAAGGAAAUACCGAAGCGGUUUGGGUAUGUGGUGAAGGAGAAGCGGCCGCAGAUGCAGUUUUUCCACCAGGCCGUCGGCUCGCUGCUCGAAGCGGAAAAUGUGGGGGAUGAUUGGAAGGCGUUGCAGAAGUCGGUGGAGGAGGAGACGAAGAUUACGUCUGAGUUUAGAGAGGCGUUUAAACCCUACGAUAUCUUUGAGAAGGAGGCUAGUUCAUAA